AUGGACGCCUUUCCGAGCCGAGAUUUGGCGGCGCUCCUACAAUGGGAGAGGCACAGGCGCGCGAGAGUGAGGGAUUCAGCUGCACUCUUUCGCAGAAUAAUGGAAGUUCCUAAGAAAAUCGUUCCUCCCGCAGAACCAAGGAAGGACUCGGUGCCGUUCGAAGGAGGCGAAGAGCGGGAGUCCUGGGAUAGCAAGUUGCAGUUCCUUCUGGCUACCGUUGGAUACGCUGUAGGACUCGGCAAUGUCUGGAGGUUCCCUUACCUGGCGCAGAAGAAUGGAGGAGGCGCGUUCCUCAUCCCCUACUUCGUGAUGCUGACCUUCCUGGGGCUGCCGCUCUUCUACCUGGAGCUGGCGGUGGGGCAGCGCAUCCGGAAGGGGGCACUGGGGGCGUGGCACCAGGUGUCGCACUGCCUGGGAGGUGUAGGCGUGGCUUCGGCCGUCGUGUCCUUCGCCGUGGCACUCUACUACAACACUGUCAUCGCCUGGUGUCUCUACUAUCUCUUCCAGAGCUUCCAGUCGCCGCUGCCGUGGUCCGACUGCCCGCACGCCAUCGGGGUCGUGGACCACAACGCCACCACCAGCCUGGGCCAGGAGUGCGAGCGCGCGGGGCCGACGCAGUUCUUCUGGUACCGGGACGCGUUGGACAUCACGUCUGACGUCAUGCAUGUAGGAGACUUCAACUGGAAGAUUGCCGGGUGCAUGGCUAUUGCCUGGCUCCUCAUCUAUGUGUGCAUCAUGAAGGGCAUCGUUGCUUCAGGCAAGGUGGUAUACGUAACGGCCGUGUUCCCGUACCUGGUGUUGCUGGCGUUCCUGGUGAGAGGACUGACGCUGAGGGGUAUGGCUGAUGGUAUCACGCACCUCUUCACGCCUAGGUGGGAGAAACUCGAGGACCCGGUGGUGUGGCUGGAGGCGGGCACGCAGAUCUUCUUCUCCCUCGGCCUCGCCUUCGGGGGCCUCAUCGCCUUCGGGUCCUACAACCCCGUCAACAACAACUGCCUCAGGGACGCCAUCCUCGUCUCCCUCACCAACUGCAUCACCUCCCUCCUGGCCGGCGUCGUGGUCUUCUCCAUCUUGGGCUUCAAGGCCCACGAGACCCACGACCGGUGCAUGGCCGAACGGAACGCCACCACCCUGGCCCUGCUGACGGAGGCUGGCGACGCGGCGGAGAAGAUCGACCUGCAGGAGCUACUUAGGAGGAGGAACAUCACCCUGCCCGUGUGCGACAUACAGGAGGAGCUCCAGAAGAACCCAAACCAGACUUUUGAUUUAACCCCCUUUGAUUCAGUGUCCAAAGUAAACCUUUCAGUCAACCCUUUCCACACCAAAACUCAAACUGCCUUCCAAAUUAAACCCCUUCCAUACCCCCAAAGUCAACCCCUGAUAUUCACGGAGGCCAUCAACCAGUUCCCUCUGCCUCCCCUGUGGGCCAUCCUCUUCUUCCUGAUGCUGUUCACCCUCGGGGCAGACUCCCAGUUCGGCACGUUGGAGGGCGUCAUCUCCUCGCUCAUCGACCUCAAGGUGUUCCCGCAGAUGAGGAAGGAGGCGCUGUCAGGACUGGUGUGCCUCGUCUGCUUCUUCCUGUCCCUUAUGUUCACCCACGGCGCCGGGAACUAUAUCUUCCAGCUGUUUGAUUCCUUCGCUGGCAACAUCCCUUUGCUGGUGAUCGGGCUGUUCGAGUGUUUGGGCAUCAGCUACAUCUACGGGAUUAAGAAGUUCGCCAGCGACGUGGAACUGAUGUGUGGCUCUCGUCCAUCGCUUUACUGGCUCGUGUGUUGGAAAGUGGUUUCGCCUCUCCUCAUGGUCACCAUCUUGGCGGCCUCACUCAUCAAAAUGGCGGUAGAGGGCAGCACCUACUUGGCUUGGGAUUCGAUCUUGGGCGAGAGUGUCAACCUUCAGUGGCCGAGCUGGGCGUGGGGCAUCGCCGCCAUCUUGGUGAUUCUGCCCCUGAUGUGGAUUCCUCUCGUGCCCAUCGCGAACGCCCUUGGAUUCCGCCUGCUGGCCGAGGAGGAGGCAGCCUGGUUCCCGGAGAAGGAGCUGAGGAGCGCCCAGGACAUCACGCCGCAGCGGUUCACGGCACUCGAGCGGGCCCUUCUGUGUCUGUCUGUGUCUACAGAGUCUCUCAAGUCGACGGACGAGGACCAGCCUGUGAAGACCCUUCCCUCCCAGAACUCCCACCAGCCUCUACUCGCACAGGACUCCAAGAAGUCCCAGAGGACCCAGUCCGUCAAGUCCAGCAAAUCUUUGGGCGGAGGAGGAGGAGGAGGAGGAGGCAGGACCAAGCCAGGAGGAGGUGACACGUCCCCCCACUCCUCCCUCAAGGACGGCCACCUGAAGGGCGACGGAGGCAAGCCACUCCCUCGAGGCAGGAGCGAGGACCGGGCCGCGAAGAGGAAGGACAAGGUGGAGAAAAACAACAGGAAUAGCAUGUAG